CGGACCACAGCGGGUUUGUGGAUACACAGCGGAGCGCACGACUGAGGACACUGCACAGUGCAACUCCAACACAAAUGGAUAUUUACGUGGCUUUGUUAUACCUUUUCUUUUUUACCAAAACAGCUUUUGGAUCAGAUCAAGAUUACCAGAUUGAUAUCAUCAAUGAACUUGACCUGGCAAAUGCUACUUACGGAAUUACCCAAGUGGCGGGGCUUCACAACAGCAGCAAAGCCUUCCUUUUUCGAGAUGUUGGAAGAGCAGUUCACGCCCCAGCACACAUCACAGAGAAAGUGGUGCAGCUGUUCAGGAGUAAAACUGAGUUUACCUUCUUGGCUUCUGUCCAGCAGAAGUCCUCUACAUCAGGAGUCAUAUUCUCCAUCCACGAGUCAGAACACAGUUACUUUGAGCUGGAGAGCAGCGGUGUGAGAGAAGAGAUCCGCUACCACUACCGCUUCAAAGGCAAGCCGCGCUCUGAGUCCUUUCCUUACCGCCUGGCCGAUGGACAGUGGCAUAGGAUCGCCCUCACCAUCAGCGCCUCCCACCUACUGCUUCAUGUUGACUGUAACAGGAUUUAUGAGCGGGUGAUAGACCCUCCUCAGAUGGAGCUCACCCCCGGCAGUGGAGUGUGGCUGGGCCAGCACGGCCACAAGCACGGCCUGUUCAAGGGCAUUAUCCAGGAUGUGAAGCUGAUUUUCACUCCAAAUGGCUACAUCACACAGUGUCCUAACCUUAACCGCACUUGUCCGACAUGCAGUGAUUUCUUGAGCCUUGUGCAAGGCAUCAUGGACCUUCAGGAGCUCCUGGCCAAGAUGACCCUGAAGUUGAACUACGCUGAGUCCAGGCUGACCCAGCUGGAGGGCUGUCACUGCGAGAGGACCUGCAGUGCCAACAAUAUGGUGUACCGGGAUAAGGAGCUGUGGGUGGAGCAAGAGAACUGCAGGAACUGUGCAUGUAAGAAUGGUGUGGUGGAGUGUCGUAGGAUUUUCUGUCCUCCUGCAAACUGCUCUGAGGACUCACUGCCUGUACAUGUUGACGGGACAUGUUGUAAGAAAUGCAGACCAAAAUGUUCCUACAUGGGACAAGAUUUUGCUGAAGGCCAGCACCUUUUAUCCGAGAGCUGCAGGGAAUGCAAGAAUGGCCUGAUGGUGAAAAUAACAGAAAUGUGCCCAGAGAUCAACUGCACUGUCAGUGAGCAGAUAUUACCUGAUGGUAGAUGCUGCAAUGUUUGUCGAGGUUACGACUUCUGCGCAGAGGGACUCAUUUGUGGAGAAAACUCUGAGUGUAAAAACCGGAAUACUAAAGCAGAGUGUGAAUGCAAGAGUGGCUACGCCUCAAUCCACGGGGAUUCAACUUACUGUGAAGAUAUUGAUGAGUGUGCGACCCAGAUGCAUUACUGCCAGUCCAACACGAUGUGUGUCAACCUGCCUGGCAGCCAUGGCUGUGACUGUCUGCCAGGAUUCAUCAGAGUAGACGAGUACUCCUGCACUGAGCAUGACGAGUGUGCCAGCAGCCAGAGUUUGUGUGAUGAGAACGCCAUCUGCACCAACACCAUCAGAGGACACCUGUGUACCUGCAAGCCGGGCUACGUGGGCAAUGGUACCAUCUGCAGAGCCUUUUGUGAAGAAGGAUGCAGGAGUGGAGGAACCUGUGUGUCUCCAAACACAUGUGUCUGUCCCUCAGGAUUUACAGGACACCGCUGUGAGACAGAUAUUGAUGAGUGUGCAGAGGGCCUUAUUGAGUGCCACAACCACUCCCGCUGUGUCAACCUGCCUGGCUGGUACCACUGUGAAUGCAGGAAUGGUUUCCAUGACAAUGGCUCUUACCUACUUGAUGGGAGCUCCUGCUUUGACAUUGAUGAGUGCAGUUCACAGACACACACCUGCUGGAACGACAGUGUGUGUGUAAACCUCCCAGGAGGCUACGACUGUGUGUGUACAUCUGGUCCCGGCUGCAGUGGCGACUGCCCACAGGAAGAAGGAAUCAGACACAAUGGAGAAGACUGGAAACCCAGCUUUGACCACUGCACCAUAUGCUCCUGCAAGGAUGGGCAGACAUACUGCAGAAAGAGACCCUGCGACUGCGGAGACCCAAACGAGGAUCUGUUCUGCUGUCCCAACUGUGACAACAGGCCUAGCAGUCAGUGCCUGGACAAGAUAGGACGCACACUUUACCGCAGCGGAGCGUCCUGGAUGGACGGCUGCCAGCAGUGCCGCUGCAUGGAGGGGGAGGUGGACUGCUGGCCUCUGGUUUGCCCAGUGUUGCUGUGUGAGUACACAGCGGUGGCAGAGGGUGAGUGUUGCCCGCGUUGCGUCACAGAUCCUUGCCUGGCCGACAACCUGUCAUAUGACAUCCGGCAGACAUGCCAGGACCCUGCUGGUGUCGCCCGCCUCAGUGGAGACACAUGGCUUAUGCCCAACUCACCCUGCACUACCUGCAAGUGUAAGAACGGGAAUGUUUGCUGCUCAGUGGAUCUCGACUGCCUUCAGAACAACUAAAGUCCCCCCCAUGACCCUCUUCUCACUAUGGGACUGCCACGCCCCCUCCUCCAUCUGCUGACUCUCUCCUUGGAUCCAUAUAAAAGACUCAUGCACACACACACAUGCUGGUGUGAGCACAGAAAAUACAGACAGACUGGGCAAACUGAGGGACUGAGGCUGUUUGCAACUCUCUCAGCAAACUGUGUGGGUGUGUGCCUCUGUGUGUGAAUGUGUGUGGGGGAGUCCCACUCACACCAGUCACUGUGUUGUGUACGUGUUUUGUGUCCAUUUCUCUACAUGUGUUCAGCAUCACAUGUUGAACUGAAACCAGAGACAAGCAGCUCAGUGGUACAAAUACAUUGGAUUUGCAGCUGGACAGAACUUGUAGUGCUCCAGCUGUCAGUCAAUUAGUGUUGUGGUCAAUCAGAAGUAGUGCAUCCUCUGUGCAAUAUUCUUUUACUGAAACAGGAUGAAGUUAAAAGUAGAAACAAAUGUCAAGAAAAUUGCCCCCAACACUAUUACACUGCAGGUUUAGUUUUCCACUCUGUGCAGUUUCAUCUUCAAUGGUUUUAAAUCUUAAAUUUGGAAAUCAAGAAGGAUUUUACAUUAUGCAGUGUGGGUAGAAUAUGAAUAGAGUGGUAAAUAUUCUUUAUGGUAUCUCAUGUUGUAAUGCUUCAUCAAGUCAUGAAUCAAUUGCUACAUCCGUUAUAAUCAUAAUUAGAAAUGUCCCUCAAUAAAUGUUUUGUCAUACUUUCUUAGUAUUUUACUCUACCUUAACCUAAAUGACAUGUAAUGUAAUGUUAACCUAUGGGUUGACCAGAUGGACCCAGUCAUCCAAAGCAACAUUUAGUCUGUGGUAAAACUGGUGAAAAUAUGAAUCAUGUAUCAUAUGAACAGCAUGUAUCCUGCUUUAGUGCAUCUGUAGAUUGAUGUUUUUUUUCUGGCCAAAUGUAGAGUUAUAACACAAAUCUCUUCACACUCUGUUGUGAAUGUUCUACAAAGUGUUUUACUGAUCUCUGCAAUAUCCAAGAUUUCCCUAAUAUCUGGUAUUUUGACAAACUAUUGUAAGCAGAUGUUCAGUUGAACAUUCACUAAAAUCAACUCGUAAGAUCAGAUACUUUCAUAAAUACUGAUUGGCCUUUUUUAAAUUAGUUUUCCAUCAUAAUUUGAAAAGGACACCACAACAUAAACUAUCAAGUGAGAGACCAUCAUAUGUCUUAUAGUUUUCAAUGGUAUUUAAACUUUUUGUUUAAGAGCAACAUCUUGUGAACUGUGAACUGAGAAAAUAUUUUUUAAAUGACAUCUCUUGACUUUUGCACUAGUUUCAAGUUGUUCUUUUUUUUUGCUGAAGCUUUAAGCUACAUCUGAAUACACACUCUAUUUUGGUCCUUGUGAGGCUGGUAAAUCAAUAGAGAUAAAAUAAAGAAUCCUAAACAACA